GACAACUGAGUUACAUGAAGGCAGGUGGAAUAAAUGGGCUGUCACACGCUGAAGAAUGAGCCUUCGAGACUAUUCACUAUACCUCAUGGAAACUUUGAAAUGCUGGAGUUCACUACAUGAAUACAUUGUUGUGUUUUUGUUCCUUACAACGAUCAGCAAAGGGUCAGCAUGUGAGGCUCCUUCCAGUCCUGAGUGCUUCAGAAGAAAAACUGAAGAGUUUGUUUACUGGUGUGAAUGGAGCAUGAUGAACACCACUGAGAGCAAUGUGACAUUCGAUCUUUACAUUAACUCCAAUAUAAAAAGGAAGAACAUCAAGGAGACCUCGACUUUGAUCAACGGGGAAGACGUUAAAAUCAUAUACGACACUGUUGACAUUUUGGUGAAAGCUCAUGUAGGAAACUCCAGCUGCACAUCGACCGGGACGUCUGUUGUACUCGGGCACACGGUUAAGUAUGAAGCACCAAAAGAUAUUUCCAUGUCCUGGUUAAAAAACAACCUCAGCUUAAGCUGGGCAGCUGCAGAGAAGAAACAUCCAGCUUCAGCCGAAAUCCUGUUCCGCCGAGAUGCACGGCCCACAGAAUCAUGGGGAAAAAUAACAAAGAAUACCACCAGUGAAACUUCUAUAUACCAUGUCAUUGUUGAGAAUCUGUUGAAGGAUUCAGAUUACCAGGUUAAAAUCAGACAACGGUCCACUCAGGCCCCUAACCCACUGUGGAGCGACUGGUCUCCAGUGGUGAUUGUUCCUGCAGAGCUUGAACAAAAACCUGAAGUCACCAUGAUGCAAAGACUUUUAAAUGGGACUCGAGCAGUGACGCUAACGUGGAAGCCGAUGCCACAUGCAGUGACGUACAGUCUGAAUGACACACAGUCUUCUAGUGGGUGUCCUUGUAAGAAAAAGAGAGAUCUCAUCCACACGACUACAUACACUACUUAUGUCUCGUACUCUGCCGUCAGCAUCUCUGUUAUCGGCGCAAACGCAGCGGGGAAAUCUUCCCCAGCAAUCUUACAAGUACCGGCCGAACCUGCUGCAGACUUACAAAUUUGUGACAAAACGUUACUGGAUGAAGAUUUGGAUAAGAAAACUUGCCUUGAGUGGUACGAGCUUCAAGAUGGAGAUUCGAGGCCAGAAAACGUGAUGACCUUAACAUCAAGGAAGAGGAAAAGACAAAGGAAGCAUAUAGAAAUGAAUAUGAAAGACUACGUUCGCUACCUUUACUAUGAACACAGAUGUGAUGGUGGGAAACCAAAGACAGUUCAAAUGUGCCUCUUUUAUCAGAAAGAAGGUGUUCCACUCAAAGAACCUCAGGACUUCAUUGUUUUUAGUGAAACACACACUUCUGCUAACUUGUCUUGGAAAGCGAUUCCCUCUGUGGACCAGCAAGGUUUCCUCACACACUACAGCCUCUGCAGCGUGAACAUCAGCUCGCAGGAUGAGCCGAAAGAGUGCCAUAACAUAUCAGCCUCAGUGAUGAGAUAUCGCCUGGAAAACUUGACACCGGCAGCGAAAUACAACAUCAGCCUGGUUGGAGUGACACGAGUGGGGGAAGGACCUGCAGCCACAGUAACUAUCGACGUGCUGCCAGAGAAGCUUGGGAAUGUGUGGUGGAGUCUCAGCUUGCUGUUUCUGUUCUUUUUGCUCACAACAAUGUGCACCUGUAUCUUGAAGAGAAUCAAAAACAAGAUCUUCUCUCCUGUGCCGACACCUGUUAUUCCAGAUUUCAUCCCUUAUCAACCAGAGAGCCAGGAUUUAAUAGAAAGAAAGGAGGAGGUGCAUGAGCUGACGCUGCACCCGCUACAUCCAGAGGGCAAGUCUGUCCCUAAGGACGCAGAGGAGACCGCUGUCCUCGUAAGACAGUGGGAUGACUGCAUGGACGAGGACGUGGAGAACGAGAGGGGAGACUCAGGAGGACCCAGUGAGGAGUGUUCGAGUCCCGGCUCUACAGAGGAGGCACUGAGAUCCAGAGGAGGGGAAAUGACAGAUCUCGAACAAGUGGACAACGAGAUCGCCAUGCUGAUAUACAGGAAUGGUUUGGUCUUUGAUGUGCAGACAGAAGACUCUCUUUGAAAUGGAUUUAUAAGAUUUUACUACCUCACAGCACAAAAUUGCACAAACAUAUCAAGGGUCGACAUAUUUGUUGACUUUUAGUGAAGACUGGAUGAAUACUUUUUCUUCUGUUAUCUUUUUGUACAUGUCUUUUUUUAAGGGUGGAUGAAAAAUAAUCUGCAGAAUCAUCUACUUUUGAGGAAACAAAUAUUUGUUUAAUGUUCAUGUAUUCUGCACGGCAGUAUAUGAACGCAGGAGAAUGUAUCACUCACAUGCUUUGUCAAUAAACCUUUUUCUAACUUGA